AUGGCGCCAAGCCGCUACAUUGCUGCUUUGGCAGCAUUUGCGUCCUUUGUAGCAACCUCACCUGCACCAAGCCACCUAAAGGGUUCACGGCUUUUGUUCACCCCUACCGAUUCUGCCCUCCGGCUUGUCAAAACGUCUCCAGCUGAUCUCGGAUCAUGGGUCACCGAUGCGGACAAAGAUGGGUUGAUCGAGAACGGUCUCCGUUUCAUCGAUAUCACUGACAUCAAGGACGAGGAAGUUCUCGAAAUGAUAUCUACCCCUGAUCACGACUUCAGUCAGUACCUUGACACACUCGACUUGAACACCGACUUGUCCCAGCGGGAAGUAGAUUGGAUGCAGGAUGAACUUGGCGGUCUACUCAUGGCCCCUCCCGAGCAACCGACACCGUUCAAUGCUGAACGUGCGAUGCGCCAUCUCACGACAAUGACUGAGUUGGAAAGACUGCCCUCAAUCUUGAUUCGAGUCCUAACCAGUAUCAUGGCUCUGCUGACGCGCUGGGCAGUUGUCUUCGGCGCCCACUUUGACUCUAUUUCAAGAAAACCUGGUGGCUAUGCUCCAGGAGCCGACGAUAAUGCUUCUGGGACGGUCGUGCUGCUUGAACUUCUACGGACCCUAGCAGAAAAGACGAGUCACAAGGAUACUGAGCCUUGGCAGCCCCUUCGCAACACAGUCGAGUUCCACUUCUAUACUGCAGAAGAGGUCGGCUUGCUUGGAUCUUCAGAAAUAUUCUACGAUUACAAGGCCAAAAACAAGACGGUGGUUGCCAUGCUGAACCACGACAUGCUGGGAUUCUCUUCCACUGACAAGGUGUCUCUGGGUGGCGACAAAAUUGACCCACGCCUCACACAUGUCCUCCGAACCAUUGCGAAGCAGCGCGGCAUCCCAACACUGAGCUUUUCUUGCGGUUACGCGUGUUCCGAUCAUGCAAGCGCUCACAACAACAAGUAUCCUGCGGCCUUCAUUACUGCCGAUCGUGACCCGACGGGCAACGACAGAAUUCACACUGAUAAAGAUCCAAUUUACGAAGGUGACGACAUUCCCAUCACGGCAAAGCCUGACACCACAAACAUGAGCAACCUCAAAGGCAAAGUCAUCGCCAUCACGGGCGCAGCAUCGGGCAUUGGCCUGGCGACAGCGAAGCACCUUGCCAACCUCGGCGCGCGAGUAUCGAUAUCAGAUGUCGACGAGCCCCUACUCGCCACAGCCGCGGCGGAUCUCACCAGCCUUUACGGAGCAGGCAACGUCUACUCGCGAGUGGUGGACGUGAGGGACCGUAAAGCGGUGGAGGCGUGGAUCGCGGAAACGGUGGAGAAGCUCGGACCGUUGGACGGGGCGGCCAACGUCGCCGGCGUACUUGGGCGGCAGGGCAACCUGGCGACGGUGACGCAGAUUGAGGACGAUGAAUGGGACUUCGUGAUGGGCGUGAAUGCGAGGGGAAUAUUGAAUGCCAUGAGGGCCGAGAUUCCUGCGCUGGCGGAGGAGGGAAAGGGGAAGAGCAUCGUUAAUGUGUCGAGCGUGGCGGGGCACUAUGGGCUGGAGUAUCAUGGGGCGUAUACGGCGAGUAAGCAUGCUGUUGUUGGCUUGACCAAGAGUGCGGCGAGGGAGUUUGGGAGGAAGGGAUUGAGGAUUAAUGCUAUUUGCCCCGGUGCGAUUGAUACGCCCAUCCUACGAACGGCGCUGGCGGCCAAGACCACGGAGACCGGGGCGGACGUGUUUGAGCCGCUUCUGGGGAGAGUCGGGCAGCCUGAAGAGGUGGCGACGACGAUUGCUUUCUUGUUGGGAGACGAGUCUUCCUAUGUUACUGGGCAGGCUUGGUUAGUCGAUGGUGGUUCAAUUCCUUGA